AUGGCGCCUAAGAAGAAGGGAAACAAGAGGCAAGAAGAGGAUUGGGAAGCCGAGCUUGGAGAGUCUGCUCCUGCUGCCUCUUCUUCCGAGGCUGCAGAUGCCCCGCAAGAGCCUGUUGCCGAUGGUGACGGGGAGACUAUGGGCGGCGGUCUCCUGGCCGCGCUGAGGAAGAACAAGAACAAGAAAGCCAAGAAGGGCAAGACGGUUAAUGACUUUGUCGAGGGAGAGGAUGCGGCAGAGGGCAGCCCAGAGACCGACUUUGCCAGUAAGCAGCCCGAAGAAGGUACGUUUGACGAUGAGGACGUUUUUGGUGGAAAGAAGGCCGCAAAGGCCGCAAAGGCUAAGGCUGCCGCUGCCGCUGCUCCAUCUCCGCCUAAGGACGAGGAAGAGGGCGGUUUUCGUGUGAAGUCUAAGAAGGAGAAGGAGAAAGAAAAGAAAGAGAGGGAAAAGCAACGUAAGAAGGAACAGGCUGCCAAGAAGAAAUCUGCUGCCCCAGCAGAGAAGCCCGCUCCCUCGAAACCCGAGCCAGCCAAGGAGGAUGAACCCACUACUGCCCCUACUCCGCAACCUGCUGCCCCCGAGCCCACGGGAGGCAAGAAAAAGAAGGUCCCCGCUCAUCUGGCCGCUCUCCAGAGGCAACAGGAAGCCCUCCGGAAGCAGCGCGAGGAGGAAGAGCGGCUCCUAGCGGAAGAAAAGGCCGCAGAAGAGGAAAGACAGCGCCUGUUUGAGGAAGAGGAGAAGAAAAAGGAAGAAGCUCGUCAACGCAAGAAGGAAAAGGAGAAGGAGAAGAAGGAGCAGCUGAGAAAGGAAGGCAAACUACUCACCAAGGCCCAGAGAGAAGCCAAGGAACGCAACGAGAUGCGUCUGAAGCAGAUGCUUGCGUCUGGUGCAGGCAAGGUUGCUGGUCUGGAGGAUGCGGGAGCCGAAAAGAAGAAACCUGUCUAUGAAAAUAGGAAGAAGAAGGGGCCCAAGAAGCAGGAAGAGGAUCUAGAGGCUGCUGCCGCCCGCGCGAAAGCCCAGCGUGAGGCCGAAGAUGAGCGCCGAAGAAAGGAAGAAGAAGAGAAGGCCAAGGUCGACGCGGCUGCGGCUCCAGAGGACAAUGAGGAAGUCGAUGAUUGGGAACAAGCUGCCGAUGCCGAAGAGGUGAAGGAUAGCUGGGAUGCACCUUCGGAUGAGGAUGAGGAGCCGAAGAAGGCCGAGACAGCCGCCGCCAACGGCACCGCUGGGGAGAAAUCUCAGAAGGCAGAGGAAGACGACGAGUCGUCAUCCGAGGAGGAGUCCUCUGACGAGGAGACUGACGAAGAGCAAUCUGCCGCCCAAAGGGCUAUUGCUCAACGGAAAGCGGAAGCUGCUGAGCGCAGAAAGAGACAGCACGAGGAGGCGUUGGCCGCUCGUUCGAAAGACAACCUGCGCUCCCCCAUCUGCUGUAUCCUGGGACACGUCGAUACGGGUAAAACCAAGUUGCUGGACAAGAUCCGACAGACCAACGUGCAGGAAGGCGAAGCUGGUGGUAUUACGCAGCAGAUUGGCGCCACCUAUUUCCCCUUGGAUGCCCUGCGCCAGAAGACGGCCGUGGUAAAUAAGGAUGGUAAAUUUGAGUUCAAGAUUCCUGGUCUGUUGGUCAUUGAUACCCCUGGUCACGAGUCUUUCUCAAACCUGCGGUCCAGAGGCUCGUCUCUUUGCAACAUUGCUAUUCUGGUUGUUGACAUUAUGCACGGCCUCGAGCCACAGACCCUCGAGUCUAUGAGGUUGCUCCGUGAUCGUCGUACACCUUUUAUUGUCGCACUGAACAAGAUCGAUCGUCUCUACGGAUGGAAGAAGAUCGACAACAACGGCUUCCAGGAGAGUUUGGCCAUGCAGAACAAGGGCGUCCAGAACGAAUUCCGCAGUCGGCUGGAGCGCACCAAGCUUCUCUUCGCCGAGCAGGGCUUCAACUCGGAGGUCUUCUACGAGAACAAGUCCAUGGCUCGCAAUGUGUCCCUGGUGCCCACCUCCGCCCACACAGGCGAGGGUAUUCCUGACAUGCUGAAGCUGUUGACUACCCUGACCCAGGAGCGUAUGACCAACUCCCUGAUGUAUUUGUCCGAGGUCGAGUGUACCGUGCUUGAAGUGAAGGUAAUCGAGGGUCUUGGUACCACCAUUGACGUCGUUCUUUCGAACGGUAUUCUACGAGAAGGUGAUCGAAUCGUGCUAUGCGGUCUUAACGGGCCUAUAUCAACGAAUAUCCGUGCGUUGCUUACGCCCGCGCCUCUCAAGGAACUUCGUCUCAAGUCUCAAUACGUUCACAACAAGGAGGUGAAGGCCGCCCUGGGUGUCAAGAUUGCGGCGAACGAUCUCGAGAAUGCUAUUGCUGGUUCUCGCCUAAUGGUUGUAGGACCCGACGAUGACGAGGAAGACAUCGAGGAGGAAGUCAUGUCCGAUUUGGAGAAUCUCCUUAGCAAGGUUUCCCGCGAUCAGCGCGGUGUCAGCGUCCAGGCUUCGACUCUUGGUUCCCUGGAAGCGUUGCUAGAGUUCCUCCGGGUUUCGAAGAUUCCCGUUGCGAACAUUUCCAUCGGCCCUGUCUAUAAGCGUGAUGUUAUGAUGGCAGGAACCAUGUUGGAAAAGGCCAAGGAGUACGCGGUCAUGCUCUGCUUCGACGUCAAAGUGGACAAGGAAGCGGUCGCCUACGCCGAUGAAAUUGGGGUAAAGAUCUUUACUGCAGACAUCAUUUACCACCUGUUCGAUGAAUUCACUAAGCACAUGGCUGAGUUGGCGGAGAGAAGAAAGGAGGAGAGCAAGCUCCUUGCUGUGUUCCCCUGUGUGCUCAGACCGGUGGCUGUUUUCAACAAGAAGGAUCCGAUUGUCGUCGGUAUUGAUGUUGUGGAAGGAAGUCUUCGGAUGCACACGCCUCUCGCAGCCAUCAAGACUAACCCGGUGACUGGAGCGAAGGAGAUUAUCGACAUUGGCCGAGUGGUAUCCAUCGAGCGUGACCACAAAGCGGUUCCCAUUGCAAAGAAAGGCCAGCCGUCCGUCGCCGUCAAGAUCGAGGGCAGCAACCAGCCGAUGUACGGCCGUCAUCUGGAAGAGAAGGACUUACUCUACUCUCACAUUUCCCGCGCCAGUAUCGAUACCCUCAAGGAAUUCUACCGGUCCGACGUGUCCAUGGAGGAAUGGGGACUUGUCAAGAAGCUCAAGCCCGUAUUCGACAUUCCUUGA